CGCCUUCGCUCUCUCGGGCAGUGAGCAAAAGCAGCAAAGCCAGGAACAACCGAGAGGGGAAGAAGCCUCCAGCCAUGGCCAUGUCGCUCUCCCUCGCGCGGGGCCUCGCCCUCCCGCCCCGCCUCCAGUCCCUCCACGCCGCGAAGAACCCGCCGCGCGCGGCACUCGCCUUCCCCGCCAACUCAUUCUUCGGCUCGCCGCUGUCCAUGGCCGCCGCCGCCACCGCCACGGCGCUCUCCCCGGCGGCCCCGCUCCUCCCCCGCUCUCUCCCCGUCGUCGUUGCCGCCGGGAAGGGCUACAAGAUGAAGACCCACAAGGCGUCGGCUAAGCGGUUCAGGGUGACCGGGACGGGGAAGAUCGUGCGGCGGUGCGCCGGGAAGCAGCAUCUGCUUAGCAAGAAGAACGCCAAGCGCAGGAAGAGGCUCUCCAAGAUGGUCCAAGUUAACAAGAGCGAUUACAGCAACGUGAUGGGCGCGCUGCCCUACCUCAAAGUGAACAAGAAAGCAGGCUGAGAUCUACUGAGCAUCGCAAUGUGAUUAUGCCGCGGACUUUCAGUUCACCAACUUGUAAUUUUGUGUAUUUCCUCUGUAAUUCUUCUUUUCAUUUAAUACACAAGGCCUUGAACAACUAUUCAUAUGGACGGCUUACUGAUGUUCCACAAUGAGAUGGCCUCUUAAAAAAAAUCACUCACUUGGUUGAAAUUUAUGCAAGCAAAAAGGGUGCUCCAUCUUGUUUAA